ACUUUUGGGCAGAACCGGUGUGAGCUUUAGUAGGGGGCCAUUCGUGUGGUUAAGCAGCAUACGCAUCAUCGCAGCAUCACAUAAAUCAGCAUCCCAACCACGGAUGCAAAUUGGCUGGCUGCUGAGUGGAGGAAGGUGAUCUCUUCGUAUCGGGUUCGAAUCGAACUCACUGCUCGCCGCUGCGCGAAUUGACGAACUGAAAGUGAUAAGUGACGAUUGCGCAACAUUUUUUUUUUGUUGGCCUUGGCUGGACCCACAGAGUGAACCUUGAAAGUGAAAUUGAAGACCGCGGCGGAAGCGCUAAAAGUGUAACGCGAUGAAAUUUGCGGUGCUGAUUACUGUGGCAUUGGCUGCCAUCGCUCGAGCGCAACAAUUCGAUGGCUAUCAUUACCCAAAACCAAGCUGUCCGUAUAAUGAUGCCCAAACUGUGUACCUGACGCAUACCACUACGCAAUAUCAAGUACACACGGAAACCAGACAGAACGAUUAUCCGCAGAUUGAACAAACGGUUACCAAAUACUCAUCAGUAUAUAUCACAUCGACAGUGGCGCAACCUGUACCAGUUUAUCAAACGGUUACAGACACCAGAACUGUUCCUGGACCCGUUGCACCUCCUCAAACUUACUACAACACUAUUACUCUGCCACCGAUUGUUUCGACGUCUUACUCAACGGUGGUCCGACCAUCUCCCGUCUAUACAACGAUUCGUGACAUCAGUACAGUAACUCUUCCCCCACAAGUACUUCCACCCCAGACAAUCUACAAUACGGUCUCGUUACCUCCGGUAACCAGAGUCUCAACCAUUGUUCAAACUGUUCCCGUUGUGCAAACUCUUCGCGAUGUUGUUACUAUAACCGCACCACCCGUAACCCUGCCACCUCAGGUUGUCUAUUCAACGGUUCAACUGCCACCUCAGUACAUCACCACUACCUCCACCUACAUAACCACGAGACCAGUUGAAAAAACUGUACAUGAUACAGUUACCAUCCCACCUGUGACUUUACCGGCCAAUACCAUCUACACAACCGUCUCGCAGCCCCCAAUAACCGUAGUUUCUACAGCCGUAGUCGCCACCCCAACUCCUGUGUACAGAACAAUCACAGUCACCAACACCCAGACCUUACCGGGACAGUAUCAAACGAUUUAUUCCACUGUGACUGUUCCAGGCCAUGCCCAAACGAUCAACAACGUCAUCACAUCCACCGUCCGUGACGUUCAAUACAUCACUCAAACGGUGACAAACAACAUCCCUGGAAUUCAACAUGACGCCCAGACCAUCUACUCCACUGUGACACUGCCUGGCGUCACAAAGACUAUCUGUGGUCCUCCAAACACUUAUCUCCCGGCAGCCGAUAGUAACAGCUUCGGAGGUUUCGGUUUUCAGCGACGGUACUGAAGAAGUUAGAAUUCUGUAAAUAUUUUAAUUCUAUUUCCGACUAAAAUAUAAAAAAAAAGCUGCCAUUUAUAGUAGACAUAGCUCGUCACGACCCAUUGUAAAUAAUGUUUUUUUCGAUUUUUUGUUCAAAAAGUUCAAGAAAAUGUGAAUAAACGAAA